GCACCAGGCGUCCCCCACCUGCCCGGGGCUGCCGACGUGGACACCAACACACGACCAGGCUCGGAGUACUGUGAUUCACGGCCAAAACAGAUUCCUGCGAUUCACGCAAACAUGGCGUCGGUCACCAGCCUCGACCAGGACAUGAAGAACCUGCGCAUGGGCCGAUACACGCCGCAGGCCGCCAACGAGGUGCGCGCGUGGAUCGAGGCCUCGCUGGGCGAGCGGCUGCCCGCGGGCGACCUGCUGGACGCGCUGAAGGACGGGACGGUGCUGUGCAGGUAGAGACGCCCCCGCCUGCGUGUGGUCGUCGGCCGGGUCGGGAUGCGCUGACACGGCCAGGCUCGUCAACAUGGCCGUCCCGACGCCCGUCCGCUUCAAGCAGUCGGCCAUGCCCUUCAUCCAGAUGGAGAACAUUGCCCACUUCCUCCGGGCCUGCGAGCUGCCGCCGCUGCACAUGCCCGCCCACGACCGCUUCCUGACCGUCGACCUCUACGAGAGCAAAGACCCGGCCCAGGUCCUGCAGUGCCUGGCCGCCUUCUCGCGCGCCGCCAACGCCCUCGACCCGGCCCGCUUCCCGACGAGCAUCGGCCCCAAGCGCGGCGGCGGCAGCGCCAUGAGCCCGACGACGCCCUCGCGGCCCGACUUCGCCCGCAGCCACGGCUCGUCGACGUUCAACCCGAUGAAGCCCCCGCUGGAUAAGCCGAAGCCGCUCAGCCCCUCGCGCACCGGCGGCAGCACCGCCUCGCGGAACUCGGCACGGAACUCGAGCAGCGUGCCCGGCUCGCCGCCGGGCGGCGUCAGCAGCUGGAGCAAGAAGGCGGACCAGGGCGUCACGUCGCCGGCCUGGAACAUCCACCAGUACGGCUACAUGGGCGGCGCGAGCCAGGGCAACCAGGGCAUUGCCUUCGGCGCGCGGCGCCAGAUCACCACCGCGGGGCCCCAUGUGCCGAGCAUGGCCGAGAAGGAGCGCAAGCGGCGCGACAAGGCCGACGAGGACGAGCGCCUGCAGCUCGCCGCCGACGAGGCCGAGAAGCACCGCCGCGUCGAGCGCGAGGCCGAGGACGAGCGCCACCGCGCCGAAGAGGAGCGCCUGUGGGAAGAGGAGUCGCGCAAGCAGCGCGAGGCCAAAGAGCAGCGUCUCGCGCAGCAGAAGCGCGAAUGGGAAGAGCAAGAGCGCCAGUGGAGGACGCAAGAAGAGGCGCGCCAGAAAGAAGAGCAGCUCGCCCAGGACGCCGCCGAGAAGGAGGCCCGCCGCAAGCGCGCCGGCAGCGCCGCCAAACUACGCGGCCAGUACCUCUCGCAGUACCAAGCCGAGCACGACCCGGGCCAGUCCGACGACCAGCACGACCGCAUCGCCGAACUCGAGCGCCAGCUCGAGGAAGCAAAGGAGCGCGAACGCCAGUACCAGGCCGAGCGCGAAACGCGCAAGCAGCGCACGCGCUCCAAGUCCCGCCCCCGCGAGCGCUCAAAGAGCCGCUCUCGCCCUGCGCCGCCCCCGCGCGCCCCGUCGCCGCAAGAGAGCAACGUCUCCUGGGCCCAGGCAGACGACCGCGCCUACCUGCGCGACGCAUGGGAGGCGAACCAAGCACAGCCUGCGCGCCCCAUGCACACCCCCGAGCCCGCCCUCUCGUCGUCGACGAGCUCCAGGCCCUUGCCCGAACCCACCUCGCCGCGCCCCCUGCCCGAUCCCGCCGCGUACCUACGCUCGUCCCAGGGCGCCGGCCAUCCCGCCGCACAGAGUAGAACAGAGCGCUUCCUCUCCUCCAACCCGCCCCCCCUUGCUGCCAAACCAACCACCUACGCGCCCCAGGAAUCCACAUCCACCAACGAACAGCGCGCCGAAGACGCGCGCCGCACAGCCAACCAGCAGGCCACCAAGGACCGCGGCUGGGCCUCCAAGUCGCUGCUCGAGCGCGAGAUGGAGCGCGAGCGCGAGCGCCAGAAGGAGUGGGAGCAGAGCCAGCGCGAGCUCGCCGACGCCGCCAAGGAUCUGAACGCCGGCACCGGCGAGGGCCAGAGCUGGGACGUCAACCAGUACGGCUACAUGGGGGGUGAUAGCCAGAACCGGGGGGGCAUUAGUUUUGGCGGGAAGAGACAGAUUCUGGGUCCGCGGCCGUUUGGGCCGCGGUAGUCAUGGAAGAUUGGGCAUGUUGAGGAUCGGAUUCACACAGGCUGGUAUUAUCAGUCGGUGUAUGUGGCUGCCAGAACCCGCGAUGGGAACCUUCAUGGAGAGCAGACAGAGCAGGCGAUAAGCAGCAGAGUAACCGGGCCUGAAUACUGAUUUAUCAAGAACCAUCGCAUCCCAGACCGAGCAUCACGUGCAGUCGCGCCCCAAGGCGAAAGGCCUUGCCGCAUCCGGCUAGCUCGUGGCCCGACCUCGCACGCGUCUUGCCAUCACAUCACCAUCACUCCUCUACCCCAGACGAUGUCCGUCAUGCCUCGAUAAUCCAGAGUGCGAGCAAGCCCGAAUCAAUUGCCCGAAUCAAUUGCCUGAAUCAAAUGCCUGAAUCAAAUGCCUGAAUCAAAUGCCUGAAUUGCCUGAAUUCCUCUCCAAUGUAUUCUCACGAUGGAUAGUCUCACGCUGGACACC